UUAGCACAAAAAUUUGGCAGAAUUUCGUUGCGGUUUUUAAGUGAUGUGCUGUUUGUGUAAGAAAGAAAAUGAACGUUGUGUAAAUAACCGCAUUAUAAUUAAAAUAAUGAAUAUAUUCUAUCUGAAUGCUUAGCAAAAUCUGUGAAACUUCAUAAUGCCUCCGGUCAAUUCUAAAGUAAAAAAAGCUGGCGCAGAAUAUGAGAACAUCAUCGCCCGCAAAUGCACAGCACUUGAUUUUGAACAAUACAUUCAAGAUAAUAAAACUUUACUUCUGAAUGAUCCAUUGAGGGAUAUCCUCUUAUACCCAACAGAUGAUAUUUCAAGUGUAGUCCUUCCUCGGCGCUGGAGAACUGUCACUACUGCAGUUCCAGAUGUGAGGAUAGCUGCAUCGUGUCCCUUGCUCACGAGACAAGCUCUGCUCAGCUAUGCCUCUAGUUGGAAUCUUAUUCACUACAAAUAUAGCAACUAUUCUGGGACUUAUGUAAAUCUGCCAAGGCUCGUCGUAAGCAAACUGCCUGAAGAGGUAUACGACAUAGACGCGGAAACGGAAAACGAUGAGAACCAAUCUACGAAAGUUGACCUCGGUACUAAAGAAGGAUAUUUGCUCAAAGGCCCUGAGAUCGGAUCGGAUAGGCUCUUCGGAAAUCUCGCAUCUAAAUCGUUUAAGAAACGCUAUUGCUCAAUGAUCAGAGAAGCUGACGGCACCUACAUACUCGAAAUUUAUAAAGAUGAUAAGAAAACGGAAACAAAGCUCACUAUCGUAAUGGAUUUUUGCUCUGAUGUUGUUCGUAAUACCAAACGCGGCAGAUUUAGCUUCGAGCUACGCAUGUCUGGCGGUAAAGGGUACACGUUUUCAGCGGAAAACGAAGAGGAAAUGAAUGAAUGGAUUAACAGUUUUAAAGCAACGCUAAAGAAAAACCAAGAUAAUCAGGAAACAAACCAAAGCAACGAGGCAUUAGAUAAAGACGCGGACGUGUCACUGACCGCAGAGCCGCCUCCUCCGACGUACGGUACUCUCAAGGGUCUGGAGCAUAGCAUGAACCCGCUUCUGAUCCGGUACUCCCGGGAGACGGACCUGUCUAUAGCGGCGGCGCGCAACGAGAGCCGCUUCAACGUAUUCAUGUUGCCGUACAAACGAGCGCCGUCGCCAGAACCUCAGUUGGAACCAUUCAAAGAACAUUUUGGCCAAAGAAUAUUGCUCAAAUGCGAAAGCUUAAAGUUUAGGUUACAAGCGCCCAUAGACGGGGACAAAGAGUUGUUAUGUCAGGUCGAACCUUACUACACUCGUCUCGCGUUGUACGACGCGAGAUGCGGCAAGAAACUAACCGAGGACUUCCACUUCGAUCUGAACCACGACGCCGUCAAGGAUCUAGUCAAGGACGACGAGUGCACAAAGUCAUUAGUCGAAAACUUUAGUUACGAUGUUAAAUUAGAUGUAAAACAGAUACCGGAGGAAUGGUAUCGGUCGAAGAGACAGGUGGUUUUAUCGGUGAAUAAUCCACAUCCGGACUUAUUUUUAGUAGUUAAAAUAGACAAAAUACUCCAAGGUCAUGUUAGUCAAGUUUUGGAACCGUAUAUGAAAGCGACCAAGGACCCCAGGCUCGGUCUUAAGGUUCACAAAAACGUGCAAGCGUAUGGGAAUCGCGUCGGAAACUACAAAAUGCCCUUCGCUUGGGCAGCAAAGCCUUUGUACAAAAUGUAUAGCAACGAUUUGGAUGUAACCUCAGAGUUUUCUGCGAUUUACCGACAGGAGCCUAAUAAGAUGUCGGAUGAUGACUUAUUAAAAAUUCUAUCUGAUUAUCGGAAACCCGAGAAACUGGCUCGACUAACCGUUAUACCCGGCUGGCUCUCUAUAAAUAUACAACAGACAACCGAACAAAUACCAAAUUGUAUGACGAGUGCGUACGCGGCCCUUAAGCCGUUUCCGCUGCCGCCGGCUGCGCCCCUGACGCUAGAGCUCGCAACACUGAACGUGGAGCCGGAGCAACCGUACGCGGCCUACGUGCAUCACCUCUACGUGCGACCGCUCGCUCUGAAUUUCGAAUCUCAAAAAAUGUUCGCCAGGGCUAGGAACAUCGCCUGCACCAUCGAACUCAGGAAUAGCGACACGGGCGAUAAUGAACCGCUACAGGCAAUAUAUGGCCGCACAGGAAUGACGAGUCAAUACAGAUGUUGCGUUUUACAUCAUAACGCUAAUCCGGCCUGGUCGGACGAAGCGAAAAUCCGUCUGCCCGCCACAAUUAAUUCACAGCAUCAUUUACUAUUCACAUUCUACCACAUCUCUUGCGAUAUCGCCAAGAAAAACGACACGAAUGUCGAAACGUGUAUCGGGUACGCGUGGGUCCCGCUAUUGAAAAACGAUAAAUUUGUCGAUGAGCUUAUAAACCUACCGGUUUCCACACAUUUGCCGUCUGGAUAUUUAUCGAUACAACCUCUCGGGCUCGGCAAAGGGAAUUCCGGACCGGAAAUAGUAUGGAUCGAAGGAGAGAAGCAACUGUUCCGGUGUCAUAUAGUACUAGAUUCGACAGUCGCAACCAGGGAUAAUCACUUGCACAAUCUGUUCAAUCAUGCGGAGAGAUUGGUGAAGAGUAACUCCCCUCCCACGUCGCCUUCUCCCCCGCCGUGGAAUGACGUCUGUAACGCACUGAAAGCCGCGCACGCAGUCAAACUCAGCUCACUUGUCGGCUUCUUACCGACAAUCCUAAACCAGCUGUUCGAACUGAUGACUGUUGAAAAGAGUUACACGUCGGAAAUGGGCUAUCAGAUUGUCAAAUUAAUUGUUCACUUCGUUCAUUUGAUUCAUGAUUACGGGAGAAAAGAUUUGUUGGAUAGCUAUGUGAAGUAUGUCUUUAACUGUCUUGAAUAUAAGUUGCACACAGUUCUAACAGCGCCUCUACAUAUGUUUGUGGACCCCAAUCAACAAGAUUUUUUGCUAAAUCAUAAAUUCAUGCAGUACUCCAACUUCUUCUUCGAAAUCAUUGUGAAGAGUAUGGCUCAGUAUCUAAUUAACACAGGACGAAUAAAGAUGUCCAGGAAUGAGAGAUUUCAUUCAGAUUUAUUAGAGAAUAUUGACAAACUGGUCACGAUGGUAGAGCCGUCGUACAUUCUACAACAGCCGAUGCAGACUCAUAUUUUUAAUAAAAAUCUUGCCAUUUUUCUUAAGUCUUGCUUAUCGUUCAUGGAUCGUGGAUUUGUAUUUCGUCAAAUAAAGAAAUACCUCGACAAGUUCAAGGCGUGCGAUCCCAAAGCUCUGUUCGACUUCAAAUUUACAUUCUUACAGACAAUUUGUUUGCACGAACAUUACGUACCCUUCAAUUUACCUCUUCAAGCGAAUAAGAUCGGUAAAGACUGUGAUACUGAUCCUGCCAGAUUAAAAUUAACGGAAGACUUCAUAAUGCGACAUUUUCUAGCCGGAACACUACUAAAACAUGUGGAACAGUCACUUCGUGAAGCACCUCAGAAACGCCGAGUGGCUCUGAACGUGCUCAGGACGUUGCUGACGAAACACGAACACGAUGAUCGAUAUCGAUCAAAGCAGUGCCGUGCGAGGAUAGCACAUCUCUAUUCGCCCUGGCUUACUAUUGUUUUAGAUAACGCUCAUCGCCUCGUCACCAAGUCUCUAGCCAGUCCAGUGCUAGAGAACGGGGUAGACAAGGUGGACGGCGACGCUACCAACACCACUAUCAGCUGCGCGAAGGAAGCCGCUUCAGUAAACAGUACCCCGCGCAGAAAUAGAUUGACUUUGCAUUUCGAGCACACGCCGGCUCGCAAUUCCACUCACUUCAAAGAACCGCCAAACGUUCAAACUAAUCAUUUGUUCGCAAAAGAUCCCGGCAACAACGCAUCGCACAGUUCCCUUGAAUCGGUUUCGACCAUGUCCGGCGGCGACUCGCUUCCUCGGAAUAUAGGCAAGUUAGAUUUGAGCGAAAUUGGUGAUCAAGUUAAUCGUUUCGGCGUGAUGUCUGCCGAGGAAGUCCGCGAUGUUCUGUUAUGCUUCCUAUUUGUAUUGAAGUAUUUGGAUGAAGAGAGACUCGUUGAUUGGUGGAAGACGCUAUCUGAGGCCUACAUACAGUCAUUCUUUAACGUUUUAGAGAUCUGCGCAGAACAGUUCCAGUAUGUUGGAAGAAAGAAGAUUCUGAGUGAACUGAAGGCGACGACGCCGGACUGCAACGGCAAGCCGAAGCCGGUGAAGGCCAGGACGCUGCCCGCCCGGAUGAGCCCACCGGAUUUUUCUAAGGAACCUCCCAUAAUUGUCGAGAAGAACAAUACAGUUAACAGAGAAAAUCUGGCUAAUACUGCCACGAUUACAACAGAAUUAGAAGCGAUGGCGGAACACACGGUGUUAGCAGCAGGAUGCUUGUCCACAGAAGUGGGCCUCAUUAUAAUAGAUAGAUCGUGCUUAUUCAUGAAGAAUCUCGGAGCGGCUAAUGGAGUUAGCGCCAAACCGUAUCUAAAACUACUACAGUGUCCACAAAGCGAAACUCUGUACAAACACUUGUUCGCAGCCUUGCGAGCCUACAUCAACCAGUUCUCUGAAACACUAUUCGAAGGGGGCAGCACGUUGUGCGCCGGCGUGGUGUCGGGCGUGGUGCGGCUGUGCGAGGCGCGCGCGGCGUGGCUGCGGCGGGAGGCAGCGGCCGCCCUCUAUCUGCUGAUGCGGGCUAACUUCCAACACGGAGCCGGUGGGGAUCUCACCAGAGUUCAUUUGCAAGUCAUAAUGGCGGUCUCAAAACUGCUAGACAGUUCAAACGCACUAAACUGCAAACGUUUCCAAGAGAGUUUGUCCGUUAUAAACUGCUUCGCCACAGGUGACAAGGCAAUGAAAGGAACGGGAUUGUCGAGCGAAGUGGCGGAGCUGAUGCGGCGCGUCCGUACAGUAGUGGGCGCGCGGGCUCGCCUCGCCGGAGUGGGGGGCUCCGGUCUCUCGGGACUCUCAGGUGCUGGUAGCGUCCACCUCGCGGAGCUACAGCACGCUCUGGCGGCGUCGUGCCGCGCCACGCCGCGCCUGCGCCACGCCUGGCUCGCGACGCUCGCGGAGCACAACGCGCGACAAGGAGACCACGAUGAGGCCAUGUGCUGUCAAUUGCACAUAGCGGCCCUCAUCGCCGAGUACUUGAAGCUGCGCGGCGCCAUACAGUGGGGGGCCGAUGUCUUCGAAGACAUUUCCAAGAACAUUCCACGCGAAGAGACCGGCCUCAAGAUAGACGAAGGAAUGGCUGACGUGCAUUACAACGAACAAGCAUUGCUGGAUCAGUUGUUGAUAUGCGCAGAUUGUGCUGACAAGGCGGAGCGUUACGAACUCCUGGGUCCUUUGUAUCGUCUCGUCAUUCCGAUCUACGAGAAAAGAAAGGACUAUCAAGCGCUUUUAACAUGCUACCAGCAUUUAACUAAAGCAUACGCUAAAGUAAUCGAAGUCACGAAUUCAGGAAAAAGAUUACUGGGCAGGUUUUACCGUGUCGCGUUCUUUGGGAAAGCGCAUUUCGGUGAAGACGAAGAGGGCGUCGAGUUCAUAUACAAGGAACCUAAAUUGACGUCGCUCAGCGAAAUUUCCGAGAACCUCCAAACGUUUUACGAACAAAAAUUCGGUUGCGGCUUCGUUAAGAUCAUUAUGGAUUCGGCGCCCGUUAAUCGCGAAGAACUAGACAGUAAGCUGGCCUACAUUCAAGUUACAUGGGUACGUGCGGCCCCAGAGGGGGUCACCACGACGGGCUCCAGCGCGGAGAGCUCGUUCGAACGCGUCCACAACGUGCGCAGAUUCGUCUUCGAAACACCAUUCACCAGCAGCGGCGCGGCCCGCGGACCAGUGCACGAACAGCACUUGCGCUUGACGCAUCUAACAGCCGAAAACUGGUUUCCGUACGUAAAACGUCGCGUGCCCGUGAUCGAGACGCAAGUUGAAGAGAAAAGUCCUAUAGAGGUCGCUAUCACCGAGAUGGAGAGUCAAGUAAUUGAACUCGCCGAAGUUGUCAACACGAAAUCUCCAGAUCUGAAGAAACUACAACUAAGAUUGCAAGGAAGCGUGUGCGUACAAGUAAACGCCGGACCAUUGGCGUACGCGAACGCAUUCUUAGAUCAAACUCUAGUCCACAUGUACCCCGAUGAGAUGGUCGAUAAAUUGAAAGCCAUAUUUAAAGAAUUUCUGACGGUGUGUCAUUCAGCACUUCAACUCAACGCCAAACUGAUAAACUCCGACCAGACGUCGUACCACGAAGCUCUCGAAAGUAAUUACUACAAGCUCAGCGACUCCCUGUCGUCCGUGCUCGGACAGCCGCUGCACGAUAUACUCGUCAACGGGACCCUCAGUACCACGGUCACCGGUGUAGAAAUCGAAUCUAGUAACGCUUAACCUCCUAAAAUAAUCUCUACAUCUAUUUUUUUUUACUACCUAUGCUGAGCCUUGAGAGGCUAUUUCAGCUUCACCCUAACGUGUGUAGGUGAGCUCACGGGGCUCAAACCGGAGUGUUGCUAACGCUGACCCUAGCAAGAGCCGUGCUUCGCAGAAUCUACCACCGGAUCGGAAACGCGACCCACUGAGAAGAUCCGGCGAGAACGUCAGUGGGCCAGAUGUCUUUGCAAUGUAUGAAUUGCCAAGAAUAAACAAAACACAAAUUUAACUCAACCAAUUUACCAAUAGUUUCUUAACUUGUAUCUUAGAAGAAUAUAGUUAUUUGAAUUAAAUAUAGGCGACAUGAACAAAGUCAAUUGAUACAUCGAUAAAUAAAUCAAUUAUGUAGCUGCACGAACAUAGGAAAUGAUAGUAAAAAUCGUUACAAAACUUAAAACCUUAGUUUGGAUUGUCUUGAUAAUAAUAAUAGUAAAAAAUAGCAAGUUAACCAAUACUUUGUAGUAUGUUAAUGAUCUAUUUGUCUAUAAUCUAAUAAUUGUGACAAUAAGAACUUAAAAUUCAUACUUUUAGAACAUAUUCAAUUUAAAACUAUAACACCAAUAUUUACACUUAUAAUAUUCAAAAAAACAAAUUGCAGCGUGCAAUGCGGUAUAUU